AUGAGCCGCCUCCUGUACAUGGAUGGGAUCAAACUUUUUGCCACUACAAGAGUGGUGGGUCAAAUCGAUAAAUUAACAUCCGACUUUGACUUCGACCUGGAGCCAGAUGAUUGGACGGUGGCCACAGCUAGCAGCACAUCCAGCAGUGAGCGAGGUUUGGGAGAAGCCUUCAGGCUGGACUUUCUCAAUGCAGAUGUGCUCUCUGAUAGCUGGGAGUUCUGCAGUUACCUAGAGGCUGCUGGUGCAGCUGCCCGCAGGUCUAGUGAACAACCAGGGGAUCUACAACAUGAGCUGGGCCAGGGAACUAUCCAGACCCAGACACCAACUCCACCCCCAACCACUGCCUCGGUCUACUCUCAGAUGAAUGGCGGACUUCCUAUCCCUAAUGGACCACGCAUUAUUACUCCAGACUCCUCUAGCGAGGAGGCCAGCAGCUCCACACACAGCCAAAAGACCUCCCGUACGUCUGGCACACGGGAAAGAGUCCGUUUCAGUGACAAAAUUCUCUACCAUGCAUUGUGCUGUGACGACGAUGAAGAGGAGGAGCAGGAGGAGUUACAGGAGGACAAGAGCGGCUGCGCUACACCAGACAGUGAUACAGAGCAAGGCGUUCUGGGUAGCUCAUUCGCUCCUAAGCGUUCUUCUUCUGAGCACUCACUCCUGCAUAACUGUCUGGACCCAUCCUAUGGCUCCUCGCCAGCAAAGGCGAUGACAGGAGCUCACACGCUACCCAGGAAAGGUCUCCUAAAUCCCAGCUGCCGCAAAAAACUGUUACGAAAUAGCAGCACACAAACUGUCUCUGAUAAGAGCACUCAAACUGUACUGCCCUAUAUUCCAACCAAACAGAAAGCAAAGGACCACUGAGGAAGCAAACAAAUCUCACGAAAAGGAACUGUGCAUUAUUUAAUAUUAAAUACAUAGCUCAUAGAUUAAUACACAAAUAACGAAUUACUAAAUAAAUAAAUGAUAUAUGAAAAAUCACUUGACUACCCAAACUCAUUCUGUGGCUCAGGGAAAACAAAAAGCAAUCAAAUAAAAAACAUUUAAAUAAUGUCUGUUUGUCG